AUCAGAAGUUGGGGCUUGCAGGCUGGCGCUGGCCGGGGCCGCCUCAGGACCGCGGGGUGCGGGUCAGCUGUGUCCUCUCGGGACCCGGGGUCGCUGCGGUUUUUUUGUUUUCUCUAGACAUAAUGUCACGUGGAGAUGAUCUUCAGUCACAGGCUCUCACCAAGCCCGCUUUCAGUGAAACCCAAGCCUCUGCAUUAGUGGAAUCGGUAUUUGGGUUAAAAGUUUCCAAGAUCCAGCCACUUCCUAGCUACGAUGACCAGAACUUUCAUGUAUGCGUUUCAAGAACCAAAGACACUACAGAUGGCCCGACUGAGUAUGUCCUCAAAAUAAGCAACACUGAGUCGAGCAAAACUCCAGAGCUGAUUGAAGUUCAGAGUCACAUCAUCAUGUUUCUGAGAGCCGCUGGGUUCCCAACAGCCUCUGUGUGUCGCACUAAAGGAGACAACCUAACCUCUCUUGUGUCCACAGAUAGUGGCUCCGAAAUCGCAAGCUACUUGGUGAGGCUCCUGACUUACCUCCCAGGAAGGCCUAUAGCUGAGAUCCCCAUCAGCCCCCAGCUACUGUAUGAAAUUGGAAGGCUAGCUGGCAAAUUGGAUAAGACACUGGAGAAAUUCCAUCACCCAAAGUUAAGUUGCCUUCGUCGAGAAAACUUCAUUUGGAAUCUGAAAAAUGUUCCUCUUUUGGAGAAGUACCUGUAUGCCUUGGGCCAGAGCCGAAACCGAGAGAUCGUCACACAGGUCAUUCAGCUGUUCAAGGGCGAGGUCCUGACCAAGUUAGGUGAUUUUCGAGAAUGUGUCAAUCACGGAGACCUUAAUGACCAUAACAUUUUAGUGGAGGCCAUCAAGUCAGCCCCUGAAGGUGCCACGUAUCACGUGUCUGGGAUUUUAGACUUCGGUGACAUGAGCUACGGCUACUAUGUGUUUGAGGUGGCCAUCACCAUCAUGUACAUGAUGAUUGAGAGCGAGAGUCCCCUACACGUGGGAGGCCACGUCCUUGCCGGAUUUGAGAGCGUCAUCCCACUGACACCUGUGGAGAGGGGCGCCUUGUUCCUCCUCGUGUGCGGUCGCUUUUGUCAGUCGCUCGUCAUAGCUGCACACUCUUGCCAGCUACACCCGGAGAACAAAGAAUAUCUCAUGAUCACUGCCAAAACCGGGUGGAAGCACCUGCAGCAGAUGUUCGACAUGGGCCAGGAAGCUGUAGAAGAAAUCUGGUUUCAAACUGCCAGGUCCUACGACUCUGGGAUCACCAUGUGACUAGGCGAAAUUUCACAUUAGCUUGGAUGGUGAAGAACCCAGAAGGACCAAAUCUAAUUCUAUGAAGGAUUUCCCUGCACAGCGAAAAAUGAAUUGAUAGAACUGAUUGGUGCACAUGAACCCUCUGAGCACUCUCACAACCACUUUUUAAGUCUAAGAAAGUGCCCCCUGAGCAAGCGUGUCUUUCUGUGGGUCUUGCUUGCCUCAUGUAUAAAACACAGAGUGAUGUUUUGACUCAGUCAAUCUCUCAAGGUGUAUAUAUUCCAGCCCCAAGAUCAAUGACUGUUUUACGCUUUGAAAGGAACACAAACAUAGACAUGUUCACGUACUUUAAAUUACCGAGUGUAGCACAGAGGUCUCACUGUCAUAUCACCAAUUCUGUGAAGACUUCUCCUAUUGCUCUGUGUCUCUAGAACCCUGUGCUGUCUUUUCCAUGGCACAUCACUCGGUAUCACAGAUGAUGGCUGCGUAGUCAUGUGGUCCAAGAGCUAUUUGAGGGCAGAGACUGUGAAACAAUUUUUUGUCUCCCCUUUUUUUGUUUUGCACCCGAUACAGUGCUUUCCCCAUGGUUUCAAAAAAUAUUUGCAAAAUUCAUGUAUGCUAAAAGAAAGGUUGGAGAAGAUAAGGCAGAGACUAAGAUGCCUUAGGAGGAAACACAGAUGGUGUUCCUGAGAAAAAGUCUGCCUUUGAGAGGACACUUGAAGCUGGAACUCUAGAGACCGAUGCUGGAAGAUACUGGACCUGCAAGGAGGUGAGAGGACACACAGGCAGGGCCAUGACUCCUGAGGCACAAAUACAACGGUCAGUUUUCGAUUGAUACUAAGAAAGUCUCUAAGAUGUCCCCCAAACCUGUCUCAUUUGUGGCUCUUUACACAUGAAAAUGUGAUGUUGGUGGGGCGCCUGGAGGGCUCAGUCAGUUGAGCAUCCGACUUUGGCUCAGGUCAUGAGCGUUCGAGCCCCGUGCCGGGCUCUGCGCUGACGGCUCGGAGCCUGGAGCCUGC